CUCGAAAGCACACACUCCAAGGCGGCAGAAAAGUUUUAGUCAGUGUACUUUCUGUCCGAGAUUAGGAUAAGCUUAACUUAUAUUUUCAGCUUUCAUGGGUGACGACUUUCCUGAGUCCCUAGUACCUGACGCGGGCAGAGUGAGAUUCGUGGAGGAGGAAAGUGUACGAUUUACGCUAGACCUUCCAGAGGCCAAGACCGAAUGGCUUUCCACUUCUCCCCCAGGGACUGGACACGUAGCUCUGGGUGCAGAGAACCGGGCUUUCUUCGUGGCCAUGUUCCAUCAGCUUCACUGUCUCAGGCUCUUCCGAGCGGCUCUCACUGGUCAACAUAAUCAAGAUCAUAAUCAUCACUGUCUUAAUUAUUUAAGACAAUGGAUACUUUGCCAAGCAGAUCUCACACUGGAAGCAGGAGAUUUUACCACACGAGACUUCGAACAGCACCGUGUUGGUGCUACACACGUCUGCAGAGACUGGGGGGAGAUAUACGACAGUGUUUCUGUCAAUUGGAAAGACCGGCAACCUGCUCCCAUUAGCAAUCAUACAGCUUGAGUGAACAAAAUCCUUCCCUUUUAGUAGUAGAACUAGUAUUGUAGUAGUGCAGGAUACCCAUU